AACCGGACCAUUUUCAGGUUUGAUCCAGCAGAUGAAGACAACAGAAAGAAACUGUGUGAGGGAAUUCUGAAUGUCCUUGAAAAAGACACAGAAACUUCAUGUCAAGUUGCCUGUCUGGAGGCCCUCCGGAUUCUCUCCAGGGACAAGAAGGUUUUAGUGCCUGUAACCACAAAGAGGAACAUGCAGAUCCUUAUGAGGCUAGCAAAGCUGGACACUGUAGAAGAACCUUUGGAGAGAGUGUCUGAAUUUCCUGUUAUAGUAGAAGCUUUAAAAUGCCUCUGUAACAUAAUUUUUAAUAGUGCUGUUGCACAGAAGCUCAGUUUGGAACUGAAUCUUGCAGCUAUGCUCUGCAGUCUUCUGGAAAAAUGCAAGGACCAGCAGUUCGUUGAUGACAUUAAAUGCUUUGAUUUGCGUCUCCUCUUCCUCUUGUCACUUCUGCACACAGAUAUCAGAUCACAGUUGCGUCAGGAACUACAAGGUGUGCAGGUUUUGACUCAGGCUUUGGAAAGUUCCCUGAGCGUAAGAUGGGCGGCAGAAUAUAAAGCAGCGGAAGAUGGCGACAGGCCUCCUCUGUCUUUGCAAGAGACAGAUUGUGCCAUCGAGGCACUAAAGGCUCUUUUUAAUGUAACACUUGACAGUUGGAAUGUCCACAGCGAGAAUGAAUCUCAUCAAUUUCGUUACAUGGCUGCCAUCCUUCGACACUGCUUAUUAACCACGGGCCCUACUGAAGACAAAACCGAGGAGUUGCACAGCAAUGCAGUCAACCUAUUAAGCAAUGUUCCCGUUUCUUGCUUGGAUGUUCUUAUUAGUCCAUCAUCCCAAGAGGAUACAGAUAUAAAACACAAUGGUAUGAAUAUGAAAGCAAUUCAGAUUUUACUGGAUUUCAUGGAGAAGAGAAUAGACAAGGGAAGCAGCUAUAGAGAAGGCUUGACUCCAGUUCUCAGUUUAUUAACUGAAUGCUGUCGAACUCAUAGAAAUAUCAGGAAGUUUAUCAAAGCUCAGGUAUUGCCUCCAUUAAGAGACGUAUCAAAUCGUCCAGAAGUUGGCACAACAGUGAGAAACAAGCUUGUGCGCCUUAUGACACACGUUGACCUUGGAGUAAAGCAAAUUGCAGCAGAAUUUCUUUUCGUUCUUUGUAAAGAGAGAGUCGACAGCUUGUUAAAAUAUACAGGCUAUGGCAAUGCAGCAGGAUUGCUGGCAGCAAGGGGCCUGUUAGCAGGAGGAAGAGGAGAUCAUUGGUACUCAGAUGAUGAAGAUACGGAUACAGAAGAAUACAAAUCUGCAAAGCCAAACAUUAACCUCAUCACUGGUCACUUAGAAGAACCAAUGCCCAAUCCACUGGAUGAAAUGACAGAGGAACAAAAAGAAUAUGAAGCUAUGAAGCUUGUCAACAUGUUUGAUAAACUUUCCAGAGAUGAGCUUAUAAAACCAAUGGGAGUGCGGCCGGAUGGUACAAUGGCUCCUUUGGAAGAAGCAGUCAGCCAGUACCAUGCCAACAAGGAAAACAGUUCAGAUUCAGACUAAAGCAUCACCUGCUUCACUCUCUGUUCUCCUCUAAUCCUCACUUUUCCUUAGAGCCACAACAUCUUUUAUCUAAGCAUUUUAUCCUCACAUUAGCCAGCAUCACUUUAACUGUUCUAUUAUUGGGAUAUUUAAUCCCAAUAAUAUUGGGUCCUCUGGUGUAAUGUCUGAAUUUUUAUGUCUGUUUAAAGAACCUAUCAAUUUAUUAG